AUUGCAUUAUCCAUUUGCCAUUCGUAGCUUGUCUUUCUUUAUUGAUAUAAAGCUCAGAAACAAAGCCGAAGGCCCAGAUAUUCAAUCUGCUUCAGGAGUAGUAAGAAAACAAGGGGAGGAAAUAAGAACACCGAUACGGUUCGAAGCAGAAUUUGAUGGACACGGUCAUGGUUUUGGAAGAUAGUUGCCCGGGAAUAUACUAGAGGGUAAACUUUGAACUAAUCUCUGCCAGAUUGGAUUAACGAUUGAGGGUGUCGUUGUUGCUGCGUGUGCCUUUAUAUGUAUGACGGCUUCUUAGAGAAGAUUGUAAGGCUCUUGUUGAGAGGAACGACUUAAAGCUGAGCCGGUAAAAUGAUUAUAAAAGGUGUGUUCAGGAGAUGUGAAAGAUGGAAUCCUGUACAUCCAACAUUUGGAGCCUUCUGGGGCAUGGGAAUAGGUAUUGGUUGUGGUGUUGGAUGGGGCCCUGGUUUUGGCCCUGAGGUAGUUGGUUAUGUUGGAGCUGGCUGUGGUGUUGGAUUCAAUGUGGGCAUCACUCUGGCUGGUUUUGGAAUCGGUCUACCUGCAAAUCACCUCUUUGAAGUUCCUUACAAUGCUAUCAUGGCUACAACAAGUGGUGCAUCAGCGUUAGCCCAUUCAAGUGGCCUUCUUUCCAUCAAACAUAUUGCAGGAGAUGGCUGGAAUAAUAUUGCACCUCACAUCUCUGGUUUACAAACAGAAGCCUGUAGAAGAUUGUCAAGCUUUAAGAAGAAACGUUUUUCAGACAAAGAGGUCGACUUAUUUGGAUGGAAGAGUGUGAUGCCCGUCCCGAAUAGUUCUCUACUGGGAAGUUUAGGAACGUUUGGCCAUCACUUCUUUGACCAUCGGAAAGGUUUGAAAGAUGAUUAACGCCUUGCAGACCUCCAAGUCAUGUAGGUUAUAUUUUAUGAAACUUUUUAGCAUUUUGCAACUGCCAUCGUUUUGAAUUUGGCCUUGUUUGUUUACACAGUUUAGAUGAGAUGAGAUGUUUUGUUGAAAGUUAAAUAAAAAUAUUGUUAUAAUAUAAUUUUUUAAUAUUAGUUUUGUUUUAGAAUUUGAAAAAGUUGAAUUGUUUAUUAUAUUUUGUGUGAGAAUUUAAAAAAGUUGUAAUGAUUAUAUGGGAUGAGAUAGUUUGGAUGCAAUACCGAAACGUGCUUUUCUUUUGUUCUU